UACGACACUAUUGUCCAGCGUCAUUUGUAUGUUCAAACUUUCUUUAAAAUGACAUUUCGGAACUUCUUGCAGAAAAACAAAACUCUCUUGUUGACUAUUAUACCACCAGUUGUGCUUUUACCAUUGCCUUUAGCAACACAAUCACAGGAAUCGAAAUGUGCAUACGGGCUACUCCUGAUGGCGUUCUAUUGGACGACGGAGACGUUUCCGGUCGCCAUUACCGCCACACUUCCGGUUAUUCUUUUCCCAAUGAUGGGAGUUAGUAAAGUCAGUGUACUGUCGGCCAAAUAUUUCCAUCAAAUUACAUUUGUCUUAAUGGGCGGGUUAGCUGUUGCCAUAGCAAUUGAGAAAUGGGACGUCCACAAACGUAUAGCAUUACGGCUAUUACUGAUAAUGGGUACUACACCGAAAUGGCUCAUGCUUGGAUUCAUGUUGACCACUUCGUUCCUGUCCAUGUGGAUAAGCAAUACGGCCACAACCUCAAUGAUGAUCCCAAUAGCACAGGCAGUUCUUUCCCAGCUGGUGGCCACGCGGACAUCACAAGACCAAAACCACGUAAAACAAAACGAAGAGCAGAAUACACUAGAAAUUCCGGAAAUAUCUGUAAACGCUGCUCAAACAGAGAUGAUGGCUUUACCCAAUAUAGAGAGUGUUGAGUUAACUAUACCACCAUCAGGACAUGCUGAAAAGGAGGAGUUUAUCGGUCACCAACCAGCCCAGCAGGUGUCAGUCGAACAAGAUAAUUUUUUCGAGAAGAACAGGGAAGAUGAAGAUUUUGACUUUGAAUCCCUCGACCCCGAAUCUCAGAAACUCUGCAAGGCUAUGCUACUGUCAAUAUGCUAUGCGGCGAAUUGUGGGGGCGUAGGUACACUAACCGGGACAGGACCUAACCUCGUUAUGAAGGGACAAGCGGACUUGAUGGCGGACGGUAAAUCAGGGAUAACUUUCGCCACUUGGUUCGUCUUCUCAUUCCCAGUGGCCCUCAUCAAUGUCCUGCUGGCCUGGCUGUGUCUACAGGUCGUCUAUUUCGGAAUCGGAAACCUGUUCAAAUCUGGUGACAAAUCGGAAGCGGAGGCAGUAAAGGGGAUAAUACGGAAGCAGUACGAAUCAUUGGGGCGUAUGAGUUUCGCUGAAAAAGCUGUCUUGGUCCACUUCAUAAUCCUGGUUCUUUGUUGGUUUACACUGGAACCCGAAUUCGUCCCUGGAUGGGGAUCCCUCUUCAAACACGGUUACGUCAGUGACUCCGUACCCGCUAUGGUGAUUGGAAGUCUUCUCUUCGUGUUUCCUAGCUCAAGAAAUCAAAAUAACGUUUCUAGCAAAAAAUGUCGGACUCUGCUUGACUGGAAAACAUUUAACCGGAAGCUGCCUUGGGGCGUCGCCCUACUUCUUGGUGGAGGAUUCGCUCUUGCACAUGCUUGUCAGGAAUCUGGUUUGUCGUUGUGGCUAGCCCAGCAGAUGGGGAUAAUGACUGGAAUUCCAACUUGGGUCAUGGUUGCAAUUAUCUGUCUUAUAAUUUCACUUUCUACGGAAAUAACCACUAACACCGCAGUUUGUACUAUCUUCAUGCCUAUCCUGGCGGACUUAGCGAAAGGGAUCCAUGUACAUCCUAUUUACAUCAUGUUGCCGGCAGCGAUUUCCAGUUCAUUUGCGUUCAUGUUACCCGUGGCAACACCACCCAACACUAUCGCCUUCUCCUACGGGUACAUCAAAAUCGUCGACAUGGUGAAGGUUGGUUGGAUUCUCAACCUUCUAUGUGUUGCCAUUGUUACCCUCGCCGUCAACACGUGGGGCAUGGCCUACUUCCGGCUGGACGUGUAUCCUGAUUGGGCAGUGAUACCGGAAGAAGUAUCAUUACAGAUGUCAAAUGCUACACUUAUGGAUAUCGUAAAUCAAACGUCCAUUGCUACAUCACCAGGAAACUUCAUCGAAAAUGUCACGUCCAUUUAAAGUAAAUAUAAGUUUAACAAAGAUGCGAGCAUUUUGUUUUUGUUUUUUAUUGUCACUUUAUUUUUCUCACUCGGUUAAUUAAUAUAUAUUGGAACUGGAAAAAAAACCCUUUCGCAUGUUUAUUUCAACUUGAAGUUAACAGGGACAUGUAAAUAUCACAGGUUCAUGAAGGGGAAACAGGAAUGUUGGGAAGUUGAAAUCAUUACACUUGUCAUACAUCUUGUUGUCCCUGCCAGCUGGUUGUAUGUAAAGAUCGGGUCAGCGG